AUGGGAUUAUUGGAUGAUUUUGAGAAAGCUUUUGAUCCAAAAAAAAAUUUGCUACAGAUUAAUGAGGAUGAAGAUUAUGAUGGAACAUGGGCUUCAUCUUUAAAAAAACCUGACAUUGAUCUUGAUAAGGUCGAAGAAGUUUCACCAAAUCGUAGGAAAAUGAAAGAUUUAAAAUUGCUCGAUGAAACUGAUGAAAAGUAUAAAGGAACAAAAGUAUCAAGGAAAGAUAUUUUUGGUGAUGAAUGUGAACCAACAUUAAAAGGAAAAUUUUCUUCUGAUGACGAAGAAAUGGAUGAUGAGGAAGAGAUAGACGAUGAAGAAGAAGUAGAUGAUGAUGAAGAGGUAAAUGAUGAGGAGCAUGACAAUGAAAAUGUUAGUGAUGAGGAAGAAGAUAAUGAGGUUUCUGAAGAUGAAGAAGAUAAUAUUGUAUUAUUAAAUAAACCAACAGACACUUCUAAAAGUGAUUCUAUAAAACAACAGAUGACAAUAUGGGAUAAACUAAUGAGAGUAACCAUUAAAGCACAUUCAGCUAUGAGAGUUUUUAAUCAAUUACCAAGAGAUCAAGUAGCUAAAGAUUUGGAAAAUCAAAAAGAUGCUAAACAAAAUAUUUAUAAUUCUCGCCGAAACAUUUUAGAAGCAUUAAAAUUGUUAGUUGAUAUAGAAGGACAAAUGGUUAGUAAUUUAACUAAUAUUGAAGAUAGUGAUAAUGAAGAAAUCCCUAGUUCCGAUGAAGAAUCCGACAGUGACAAAGAAGAUACAAAUGAUAAGGAAGAAGAAUUUGGAGAUGAAGAGGAUGAAGAAAAUGAGGAAGAGAAUAGUAAUGAGGAAAUUGAAGAAGUAGAAAAAAAGGGUACAAGUGACAAUUUCAAAGUCAAAACAGGUAAAGGAUUCAAUUCCAAAGAAUUGGCUAAGAAAUUAAAAGACCGCCACAAUGUUCUCCAACCAUUCAGAACUGCAACAUUGAAAAAAUGGGAUGAAAAAACACGAUUAAUUUCUGUAAAAGCAAAACAAGAUUUUUCUAAAUUUAGCAGCAAUAUCAACAAACAAAUUGACAGGAUAAUGGCUGACAAAGCAAGAUUAUUACGUAAAAGUCAGACUAAACGUGGAGAUUGCAUAAGAAUAGGAGAUAGUUCUGAUAGUAAUUUUGAUGUUGAAAUAUUUGAUGAUACGGAUUUCUAUCAACUUCUUCUAAAAGACCUUAUAGAUAGAAAAACAAUUGAUACUAGUGAUCCAAUUCAAAUGAGUAAACAAUGGCUGGAAAUUGAGAAAUUAAGGCAAACUAAAAGAAAGAAAAAAAAUGUAAAUCAAAAAGCAUCGAAAGGUAGAAAAUGUAUGCUUGUAACUAUUCCUAAAUUAGUCAAUUUUUUCCCUGCACAACCUGAAACUGUCUCUUGGAGUAAUGAAAGGAGAACGGAACUUUUUAAAUCCUUGUUUGUUAAUUAA